CAUCAUAUUUUAUCAGAUUCCUGAAUCAAACGAUACAAAAUCAGGGGCUUACCUUAUCUACCAAUCACCCGACACAGACUCAUAUUCCUCAAUCACCCACGCACCAGUUAUAAAUAGUAAAUUCGUAGAGCCUGUUCAGUUUCUUGUGCCUCAAGUUGUCUCUCUGUUCGCUCUUUUCAUAUUCGUCUUCAAUUCAAUCACAAGCAAUCAUGGCUCGCGGAAGCUCUGGAGGUAGAUCUGGAGGUAGCUCUGGCGGUGGAUCUGGAGGUUGGGGAUGGUCUAAGUCAGCCCCUAGUGCUAGUGGUGGUUCACUGCGUAAUCCUCAGAAGCGAGAUGCUCCUGCUCGUCCACCAGCACCAGCACCUGCACCAGCACCGGCAACUGCACAAGGGGAAUCAGCAAAGGGAGGACUUGGCGCUUCUGUCGCUGAUGGUAUGGCUUUUGGUGGUGGAAAUGCAAUUGGACACAGGGCUGCUGAUGCUGUGAUUGGUCCCCGUGUUUUCAGGCAUGAGGUAGUUGGCUCCUCGGUUCCUUCUGUUGCACCAGUUUCUGCAGAUUCUGAUACAUGUGGUGGUCAAUCCAAAUCCUUCAUAGAUUGCUUAAACUAUAAUGCAAGUGACAUCAGCAAGUGCCAGUUCUAUAUGGAUAUGCUGUGUGAAUGCCAUAAAGGCGGCUCUGUCUCUAGUGCUUGAAGUUGUUCUUCAAUCUGCAUUCUGAAACUUAGCUAUGCAAUAAGUCUUGCUUCAUUAUGAUGUUUUGAUUAGUUUGGUUUUCAGAAGUUGGUAGAAAACAUUGUGGGCAACUUGAUAUCAGCAGGAUAAAAUGGUUUUUGGAUUUUUUUUGUGACCUACAAAUUCCAUUAUUGCAUACGUGAGUAAUCAUUCAAUGGGUAAGCUAUUAUUGUUCCUA